UAAAGAAAAAGCGGAACCACCACUACUACGAAAGGAAAUUCUAUAUAUAAAAUACUCAAAUGCAACUUCCUCACUUCACACACAGCAUCGCCAUGGAUACCAUGCGAUGCACAGUGAUCUUCUGCUUGGCGCUUCUCUCAAUUUCCAGCGCACAAAUAUUCCAUGUGGUUGCUCCCAAUACUCUACGCCUUGAUUCCGAUGAAACAAUAGCAAUCGCCAUAGAAGGAAAACCGGUCGCUAAAGUUCACGUGCUCAUACAAGACCAUCCAGGGAAAAUCAAGAACAUAUCAGAAACUGUAUUAGAUGUACAUGCAGAGCAACCUAACAUAUUCAAAGUUCGCCUGAACCCGUCUGCUUUUCCUCCUAACUUUCUAUCAAGUCCGAGUCCGGAAAAAUUCGUGUUGCUGACAGUUAGAAGUGAUAAUUUUCACAAAGAAAUACAGAUUCCUGUCACGAAUAAAGCUGGGUAUGUCUUCAUCCAGACUGAUAAACCAAUCUACACCCCAAAGGAAAUGCCUCACAUCCGAAUCAUUGCUCUCAAUGAAGACGAGCUGCCAUCUGAGAAACCCUUCAAGCUCCAAAUCAGGAACCCCAAAAACCUGAUCGUGGAGGAGACAGAGUUCAACAAGAAAUUUCAGAAAUUCCGUAAAACAUUUGUGAGUCAUCUCUAUAAGUUCCCGAACUACCCAGUACAUGGAGAAUGGUCAGCUACUGUACUGUAUGGGCAUGAGUUGGAGCAAAAUACUACAGUACACUUUGAAUUGCAAGAAUAUGUUCUUCCAACAUUUACUGUCGAACUCAAAACGCCUGAAGUCAUUCUGGAAUCCCACGACACCAUUAUUUUGUCUGCUUCAGCGAAGUAUGUUUACGGAGAGAAAGUGAAAGGUUUAGUGACUUUUCGGCUUGGUGUAAAAGGAGAAGCUCCUAAUGUCAUUUUCUUUGCUGUGAUAGGUCCUAAAGAGUUAAGAGAUGGAUCUGUCCAGGAAAUUGUAAGCACGAAGCAGUUUGCAAAUCACAAGGACAUCGGUUGGUUCCCUGGAAUCGAAGGCUCCCACCUGGUUGUUGAAGCAACCGUCGUAGAUGAUGCGACAGGCAACAAAGAGACGGUCACUGACGCAAAAGGACGCUUCUCCAAAUCACCUUUCGUUAUUUCUUUCAAGAGAUGCCUGGAAGAUUUCAAACCUGGUCUUGUGUCCGUCUUCGAGGCUGACAUCAACUACGUCGAUGGCAAGCCCGCAGCAGGAAUUGCAACUCAGAUCAAGGCCUUGGCUGACGGCAAACCCCUCGACAUCACCCAGCCCAAUGCAGUCAGUGACGAAGAAGGGAAAGUUUCGUACGAGCUGCAUCCACAAAUGCACCAUAACACCGUUUCCAUCACUAUUGAGACAGUGGAUCCAAGGUAUCGUGGUAGUCAAGCAUCUGGUAAUUUCGUUCAGCAUCGAUUCAAAUCAAAAGAAAAUGCUUUCGUUGCUUUGGAGAGGAGCAGCGCUCACAGGCUAAAAAUUGGGGAUAUGUUCGAUAAAAGUGUUCACAUUGAUCCACCUGCCAUGAAUAACAUCUACUAUGCGGUCUUGUCGAAAGGCAAAAUCGUGAAAAUGAGCAAAUUACCCGAAGGCAACUUCAAAGUACAGAGGGUCGACUUCCCGUUGACUCACGAGAUGGUGCCGAGUUUCAGACUGGUCAUCUGGGCACAUUACAAGGACGAACUCAUCGCAGAUUCUCUGCACAUUGACAUCGAAGAUUCCUGCAAUCCGAAAGCCGAGGUGUCCAUUACUCCCGAGUUCGAGGCGAAAGAGCCCGGUGGUGUCGGUGUCAUAAAUAUUAGAGGAACGAAAGACACUUUGGUUGGACUUUUGGGUGUAGAUGAAGCCGUGUAUGCAGUACUGAAGAAAGAUCUUCUCACUAAAUCAAAAGUAUUCAAAACAAUGGCCAAACACGAUCUGGGUUGUGGACCCGGCGGUGGUCUGAACACAGACUCUGUCCUCGACAAAGCAGGCGUUGUGAUUGCUACGAAUAAAUACACGCCUAAACCAGGAUCUUCUUCCUGUGUCGCAAUCAAAAGAAAAAGAAGAGCAGUUGCUGAUGAAAUAAUGAGCAGGUACACUGGUUUGGAGAAAGAAUGCUGCGCUUUGGGCUUGAAUCAUGACCCACGCAACAGGAACUGCGAAGACAGGACUAAUAUCGUGAUCCGCUAUCUGCAAGGAGAGUACCAGAAUUGUUCUAGGGCUUUCCUAGAAUGCUGCCUGUAUGGAAAGGAAAAUGGAUUUAAAGACAUGAAACUCAUGAGAACUGGAUUGAAUUUAGCACGAGCAGGAGGAGCCCGAGAAGAAGCGCCCGAAUUUAUUCCAAUCUCGGAGGAAGACUUCUACGAGAGACAACUCAUAGUUCGAAGAGAUUUUAGAGAAACUUGGUUUUUUGAGGAUAAAACAAUAGGGCCCGAUAAUAAAGAAGAAUUUCCUGUAAGUUUGCCUCAUAGUAUCACCACGUGGGUCAUUCAAGCAGUGUCCGUUUCACCAAUGCACGGAAUAUGUGUUGCGGAACCUCAAAAGAUCGUUUCCUUCAAGAAAGUGUUCGUGCAGCUGAAUCUGCCGUAUUCUGUGGUCAAAAAUGAGCAGGUUGAAAUUCCAGCGACAGUUUUCAACUAUGGAGCUAAAAGACUCAGUGCCGUCGUGUACAUGUACGGAGUGAAGGACUUGUGCACUGGAACGAGCGAAGGCGAAAAAAGCGAGAGAAAGCGCCUCAUCAUCGAGAAACACUCUGCAGCAACCGUCUCGUUCCCUGUCAUACCCCUGAAAGAAGGAACAUUCGAUAUAAAAGUUGUGGCUUUGACAUCAGACGGAAGCGAUGCAAUAAUUAGGAAACUGAAUGUAGUAGCUGAGGGAGAACCUGUUGAAGUGGACAUACCCAUCAUAUUAGAUCCCUCCAACCAGCAGCGGAGACAAAAGAGGCACAUCAUUACUUCUACAUAUUCUGAUUCUAUUGAUCCUGAUCAGAAACUGCAGAUCACUGCUAUCCCAUUAUCCGUACCAGAAGAUUUCGUUCCUGGAACAGAGAGUUGCACCAUUACAGCAUUAGGUGAUCAGUUUGGUCCAACUGUGGAAACUGCCCUCAACGAUCCUGGUAAGCUUCUUCGAAAACCACAAGGUUGCGGCGAACAAAACAUGAUGUAUCUUGCACCGACCCUCUACACCAUGAGGUAUCUGAAAGUAAAAGGGACGAUAACGCCAGAAAUAGAAGAAAGAGGCUAUGGGUUCAUUCGCCAUGGUUACGGAAACCAAUUAUCAUUCAGAAAAGAGGAUGGGUCAUAUUCUGCCUACCAGCAUAAACCAACGAGCACCUGGUUAACUGCUUUUGUGAUCAAAGUAUUCUGCCAAGCCACUGAAUUGGUCCACAUCGACGAAGAGGUAAUGUGCAGUGGCGUGAGAUGGCUUAUUAACAAUCAGCAACCAGACGGAUCGUACAUGGAAAUCAGUCCUGUAUAUCAUUUGGAUAUGAUGGGUGGAGUACAAGGCAAAACACCUCUUACGGCCUUCGCAUUGAUAACUUUAGAAGAGUGUAAAUGUGAUCUGCAGAAUCUCCAUAUCACGAAGAAACGAGCUCUUGCUUUCCUCGAAGACCAUUUAGGAGAUGUGAACGAGCCUCUGGCUGUUGCAAUAGUGGCUUACGCUUUAUCCUUAAGCGACAGCGUUCUCAAAAAUGCAGCUAAUGAUAAGCUCAUGUCCAUUGCCAAGCGAGAUAAAAACAGCAAUUUCGUUUAUUGGGGAAAUGGUGACCAAGCAGUAGAUAUCGAGGCAACUAGCUACGGUCUUUUGAACCAACUUCUCUUAAAUGAUAUGGAAACCAGCAACUCCAUAGUUAAUUGGCUCAACACUCAACGUUUACAGUCCGGCGUGUUCAAGUCCACUCAGGACACAGUGGUUGGACUUCAAGCCCUCUCCGAAUAUGCGAUCCGAGCUCAAGCUCCAUCCAUUAAUCUGGUGGCCAAUAUAUCCUCCAAUAACGACAGGAAUUUCAUGAAAGUCUUGAAUUUCCAUAAAGGGAACGCUCACGUCUUGCAAGACGUUAAAGUGAACAAAAUUGGUGGAAUGCUGUUUAUCAAUACAGCUGGUCAUGGAAUUGGUUCUUUGGCAGUUAAACUCCGAUACAAUGUCCUUAGCCCUCCAGAGAAAAUAUGCAGGUUCGACAUAUCGGUCAACGUUACAGAACAGAAAGAAGAGAGGAGUGCUAUUCGCCAGAACAUAAAUAUGAAUGCGGGCAACCACGACGUGUUCGAGCGCUUCCCUCCAGAUCUCAUCAGAGGAGCUGCCGAUGCACUUGAGGCUAAAGAUGAUGCUCCUGUUUUGGAAAUUGAUCCUAGAAGUCGAGUUCAACGGAUGCCAUUGGUGGGCGACGGAUUGAAGUUAAAAGAAUCUAAGAGAUCAAAGAGACAAGCUGGAAAUGACAACAGUAAACUCAUCAUGAAAGUUUCGUUAUGUGCCAAAUAUUUAGGAAAUAAAACCACAGGAAUGAGCAUCAUUGAUGUUGGAAUAUUUUCUGGAUUUGCUCCGGAAGAUGAAGAUCUUCGAAGUUUGCAAGAUGACCCAGAACAUGAAAUUGAGAGAUACGAGAAAUCGAGCAAAGGGGUGGUGUUCUAUUUGAAGAAGAUUCCCAACACCAAACCUUACUGCUUUGACUUCCGCGUGACAAGAGAUUAUAUAGUAGGAAAAACCCAAAGGAGCUCGGUAAAAGUUUAUGACUAUUAUAAUCCUGAUGAAGCAUGUACAGUAUUUUAUAGUCCUCCAAGUAACAGCCCAAUGUUGCAUAAGUUAUGUGAUGGUGGUAUCUGCCAAUGCGCAGAAGGUGGUUGCCCACCAAGCAAGCCUUUCGAAAUUAUCAAAACGAUCGAGAAAUCGGAGCAGAGGAAACAGCUGAGACACAUCGCUUGUGAAAAUUAUGAUUAUGUGUGGAAAGGUGAAGUAGUAAACGAUGUAAAUCAACAAAAUGGAUUUUUCAAUAUUUCCUUUGAAAUCGAUGAAGUUAUUAAAGAAGGCAUUGAGAAAAAAGAACUCACCCAAGGCGAGACGAGGCACUUCCUCAUCCGGGACAACUGCGUGCCCCUGUUGAAAGGAGAAACUUAUCUCAUCAUGGGCAAAGAUGGAGAAAAAUAUAAAAAUGAGCAGGGAAAAAUAUGGCACAGAUAUAUACUGGAUCAAACUUCAGCCAUUCAUCUGUGGACUUCAAUAAGAACGGCAAGUGACAAACCUUUACAGCGUAUCUUGAACAAUGUCGUGGACAAGUUACAGAAAGAAGGUUGUUUGGAAUAACCUUCAUUUCGAAAUGUUUCUUUCAAAGUGGAAAAUAACAACAUGCUUCUAGGCAUUUCAUGAGCGAUUUUCUGAAAAAACUUUCUGAAAUUCACCGAGACCAAAAAAAAAAAAAAAAAAAAAAAAAAAAAAAAAAA